GUGUACUCGUCAUCAUCCGAUCCGCUGUGCUCGUGGUCAGCUGAUUUACAAAACUUUAACUGCAAUUUGAAGAUUACAAGGUAUAAACAGAAUCCUAAGAAAGCAAUAUCAUAAUGGCUGUCCGCGAUCAUGAAGUGUCAUCGUUCCUGAAUCAAACAAGAGCUCUGCACAAGAGGAACAGAUUACAGAAAAAGCAGUGUGUGAUAUACCAUCAGACCAAGAGUUUUAAAUUCAAAAGGCAGAAUCUCAUGUGGAACAAUCUGUACUUAUUGGUGCCAAAAUAAGAAGCACAAUUAAGCCUUGUGGAAGUGUGAAGGGAUAUAUAUGUGCUUUAUCAGAGGAGAGUUCAGAAAGUGAUUUUGAUGAGACAACAUUAGAUGAUUUGACAGUUCAGUCAGGUGAAGGUGCUAGUCGUCUCGAGAAUUCACAGGACAACAGGAAUGCGGAAGUGUUAUCAUCUGCCGAGGACAACUUCGUCAUUGAUAUGAAGAAAAUUGACCGUUAUCAGCGUUCAUUUGUUCAGGAUUAUGCAGAAAAGGAGAAUGAUCAGUUCCAUAUUCUGGAUACUAGUGAAAAUGACCAGUUCCAUGUACUGGAUACUAGUGAAAAUGACCAGUUCCAUGAACUUGAUACUAGUGAAAAUGACCAGUUACAUGUACUGGAUACUAGUGAAAAUGCCCAGUUCCAUGUACUUGAUACUAGUGAAAAUGACCAGUGCAAUGUACUGGAUACUAGUGAAAAUGAACAGUUCCAUGUACUUGAUACUAGUGAAAAUGACCAGUGCAAUGUACUGGAUACUAGUGAAAAUGAACAGUUCCAUGUACUUGAUACUAGUGAAAAUGACCAGUUCCAUGAACUUGAUACUAGUGAAAAUGACCAGUUCAAUGUACUUGAUACUAGUGAAAAUGACCAGUUCAAUGUACUUGAUACUAGUGAAAAUGACAAGUUCCAUGUACUGGAUACUAGUGAGAAUGACCAGUCCAAUGUUCUGGAUACUAGUGAGAGUGACCAGUCCAAUGUUCUGGAUACUAGUGAGAAUGACCAGUCCUAUGUACAAAAUUCUUGUAAACCAAAACAUCAGAUAGUUCCUGUACUAUAUGUCUUGAGACACAGGAAGGAAGACCUUAUUAUUGUAAACGAAUCUCCAAAAGAUAUUGUAUCUGGGAUGGUCUACAUGUACAUGCUGUGUGCUCUCCUCUGCCCUAAUGAAGUGUAUGGCCUAUUUGCUUGGAAGGCAUGCAUGAAGCCUGUCUGCCAUUCACUUGUUGUGAAGGACUUGGAUAUUAUAAGAAAAGUUUGUUUCUACAAGUCUGAUCAGCAAAAGUACGGAAACAAAAUUCCUGGAAGUUUAUCUACGCAGCUGUACAAUCAAGUAGUCCAAGUGUAUGCUGUAGUUAAUAAUAACUACAUGUAUGGUAAUGGAGUUCUCACACAGACUAAUACUGAUGUGUUGGCUGUCUCAGACCACGAGUCGCCUCUCCAGUUAUUUAAUCCACAACAACACCAACAUAAUCCUGCUGCAGUGGAAAUCCUUGACGGUCCAAUACAGCAUCCACAACAGAAUGAUGCUGGUGUGCUGGCUAUCGCAGACCAUGAGUUGCCACUCCAAUUUUACAAUCAGUAUCAACACCAAAAUAAUCCUGCAGUGGAAGACCUUGAAGGUCCAAUACAGCAUCCAGCACAGAACUGUGCUGGUGUGCUGGCUAUCGCAGACCAUGAGCCAAUUGCAAAUCCUCAUAAUCAACAACAGCAACAAAAUGAUCAUUGGGCAGCUGUUCUUCAUGCUGGUCACAUUCAGCAGCUUGCACUGGGGAUUGCUGUUGUGGUAGAAACAAUAAUGCAGAUGUUCUUUAUUUACCAGGUAGUUAUGGCAACACUACUACAGAUCCCUUUCCUGUAGCCUGUAUAUAUUGCAUUAUUGAUUUGUUGGGCCCUUUUCUGAUACACUGGUUUAUAAUAGAUUUUGUUUGAAAUUCUGCUACUUAGUACACCUCAUACGAGUUUGUGUUUCAGUGGUCCGCAGUUAAGGUCGCCAUUACUAUUUAUAGGAUGUUUUGUCAGUGUCCCGUGGUCCACAGUUAUGGUCGCCAUUACUAUUUAUAGGAUGUUUUUGUCAGUGUCACUACACUAGAGGCUUCAUUCCUGCUUGGAAUUUGAUCAGAUCUUCUUAUAUUACCUGAUUACCUCUUCGUCGACACUGUUGUUAGCUUGAAGUAGCUGAGUAGCAUCUUGGUUCGGUAACAUACUGUUAAUGGCCAUGCAUGAGCUCAAGAAAACCUUGAACAAAGGUCACCAUCAGUAUUUAUAGAAAAUGUUUUGUUUCGAAUUCAAGAUUUUUGAUGUUUUCAUCCUUAUGACAUGAAAAUGUAGUCUCCUACUUUGCUUCAUGAAUUUAUAUGUGAUAUUGUUUAUUGUAUAUAUAUCUUUUAAUAGCAAAUUGUAUUAAUGAUUUCUGAGUGAACGUAUAUGGUAUCCACUAAUGCCAAUUAAUGCAGAAGUUGAAUGUGGUAACAAUGCCAGACAAAAAUCAUGAUUUUUCAAAGUCAUCAGAAUGUACUAAAUUAGGACAUUUAAUGAAGUUACAAAUUGGAAACCAGACUUGAAUUUGAAAUGAAAUGAGAUUCAUUAGUUAGGUAUGAAUAAAAAAUAAUUAAUUUGUUUAGAAUACAAACAGUGAAAAACAGUAAUUGAAAACUUUUUUUGUAAGUUAUUUUACAUCGAAGAUACCAAAGAAACAAUACAAGAAAUUUUCCCCACUUCGUGUAUUGUUGUUCGGUGUGGAGCGGAUGUUCUCUUUACCUAAUACAGAAAUUAUCAAAAGCACAGAAACAAGCUGCAAUAUUGCUUUUCGAUGCUCCUUUUGACACCCCAUAUGGGGAAAUGUUUUCUGUAUUAAGAUGGAUACCAAUUAGCGAUUAUUUGAAAUUUAAGAGGUGUUAUGGUGUAUAAAUGUGUCAAUAAUCUUGUACCUGAACACCUAAUCUACACAGUUCAUUUUUUCUAAUGACACCUGUACAAGAUCAGCUUCCCAAAACUUUAUACAAGUACCAAAACAUCGUACUUCUUUUUAUUCAAAACAGUUGGUGGUGGAAGGGAGCCAAAUUUGGAACAGCUUACCAGUAGAAACACGACUUUCUUCCUCCCUUCCUAAAUUUAAACAAAACAUGAUUGAAAGCAUUAGGAAUACAGUUGGAGUCUUUUUUGGUAUUUUUAUCAAAGAAACCUCUUUAUAGCUUUUUGAUGUUUUUUGUUACGCCAUUUUAGCGUGUAUGGUGUCAAUUUUUAGUUUUUGCUACAUUAGCAUAUUAUGUAUGUAAUUUAGACAUUUAGUCUUUUACUGAAUACCAUAUUGGUUCAGCUUAGAAUAGUGUAUCUUUGCUUCUGUGAUAAUUUAAUGAAAAGUGUAAAUGACCCUUUAAUUGUAUAUAUAUUCAGUCUAAUUAUAGUAAUUUAAUAAGCUCAACUACUUUUAUGCCUAUGCUUACUGUGAUAAUAAUUUGAAUGCUCAUUUGUUUUCUAUUAUAUCAUGAUUUUAACUAACCCUUUUACUAACAGAGGUGAUUUUAACUAACCCUUUUACUAACAGAUGACCCUGUGGAAGAUUAACUUUGCUAAACAGUUUUUUUUUAUCCUCAAUGAAUAAAGUUUAUUAUUAUCAUUAUUAUUAUUACCAUAGUGUUAUAGUGUAAAGUAACUGCUACAG